UACACCAACACACAACAACAUUAAUCAAAAUCAUUUACAUUCUUCACUCAAUAACUUUUUCUUUUCUUUUGAUAUAAAUACGAAAAAAUAUUAUGGAACGUAACUCCCUCCUAACGAUUACAUUGCUCUGCAUUGUCGUCGCCGGUGUCGGUGGCCAAUCUCCGGUCUCCCCUCCAACUAAAUCUCCCUCCUCCUCACCCGUGGAAGCACCGAAAUCUCCAGCUCCUGUAACCUCGUCUCCGCCACCGGCUCCUGUUCCCGUGAGCUCUCCUCCGUCUCCUUCACCAAAGGCUUCGGCGGCUCCGGUGAGCUCUCCACCGGCUCCAGCUCCGGCUGUCGAUGUAUUGGCUCCGGCUCCAAGCAAGGGUAAGAAGCAUCAAAAUGCAACGGCUCCGGCUCCUGAACUUGACAGCCCACCUGCACCACCGAUGGAAGCUCCUGGUCCUAGCUCCGACGCUAUGUCUCCCGGUCCGGCCACAUCCGCCGAAGAUAAGAGUGGAGCAGAGAGCACAAGGGGAUUGCGGAAUGUAGUAGCAGCGGUGGGAGCGGCUGCAACCGCUUGGGCCGUUCUCGUUAUGGCAUUUUAAAUUGUUUUUGUUAUCUUUUUUUUUAUUUGACCCUACAUUUGUCUAUUUCUUUUGGCGUUGAGUGAGUAUUAUUAUUUAAUUGAUUAUUACCGUUUGUUUUCUUUAUUUUCAUUUGUAUGAAAAUAAUUACUUUUAUAAAUACUAAGAAAAUAAAACUCGGAGUGAUGAUACUGUUAUUAUCACUGACAGUACUGAGAUUUAUCAGUAUCAUCACUUAAAAUAAAAUAAUGGUUAUGAACUUAUGA